AUGAAACCUUUAUUAUAUCUAGUGUCCCUUUCCACCCCGCCGUUAUCUGACAAGACUAACUCCAAUAUGGAAGUUCUACACGCGGGACAUCUAUUAACCCAAGAUGACCAAGUAUUGAUCCUCUAUCGAUAUUUCCCCACGGCUAUCUACUUUCCCAGACAGCCUAUAUUGUGUUGCAUCAAUGUACACGUUCUUGAUCCUGUAGGACUGUAUGUUUGUGGGAACCUGGCCUUAAAGAGUCAUCUCGUGUCGUCAAUUCAGAAACAGAUUUAUGCUUAUGUGCACGCCUCUCUCUUCGACUGUAAGAGUUUCUGGUGA